AUGAAGCUCACCGGCCUCGCCUCGUUGGUAUUGCCCCUGCUCCUGUCACCCUUGACGACGGCAAACCCAUUGCCCAAGUCCAAGCCGAGCACCAUCACCACCUACAGCGAGACCGUCAUCUUCGACCCACCCUCCAACUACACCGUUCCCCGCACGCUUUAUGCACGUACGCUAGAGCUUCCGUCCGGCGUUCUUCUCUCGACGUGGGAGAACUACUCGGGCGACACUGACGGCCUCGUUUACUUCCCCAUCUACCGCAGCACCGACCACGGCGCCACCUGGAAGGAGAUCUCGCGGGUCGAGGACACGCACAACAAGAUCGGGCUGCGCUACCAGCCUUUCCUCUACUACCUGGAUCAGAAGCUGGGCGGCUACCCGGCAGGCACGAUUCUGCUCGCCGGCAACAGCAUCCCCGAGGACCUGUCCACCACGGAGCUCGACCUGUAUGCGUCGCGCGAUAACGGUGUGACCUGGGAGUUCGUCUCCGAGAUCGCCAAGGGCGGCGAGGCGUUGCCGAACAACGGCUUGACCCCGGUGUGGGAGCCAUUCUUGCUGGUGCACAAGGGCAAGCUCAUCUGCUACUACUCCGACCAACGCGACAACGCGACCUACGGCCAGAAGCUCGUGCACCAGACCACCACCGACCUGAAGAACUGGGGCCCCGUCGUCGAUGACGACGCCUACCCAACCUACACCGACCGCCCCGGCAUGCCCAUCCUCGCCCAGCUCCCGAACAAAGACUACAUCUACAUCUACGAGUACGGCUCCUUCUUCAACACCUCAACCUACAGCUUCCCGCUCUACUUCCGCAUCGCCAGCGACCCGGAGAAGAUCGCCGCCGCGGAGGGCCAGCGCCUGGUCGUCUCCGACGGCACGCAGCCCACCUCCUCGCCCUACGUGGUCUGGAGCCCCUACGGCGGCAAGCACGGCACCAUCAUCGCCAGCAGCGGCACCCAGAGCUCGAUCUUCGUCAACCAAAACCUGGGCCGGGGCGAGUGGACCGAGAUCGCCACCCCGGAGAGCACCAGCUACACCCGGGAUCUGCGCGUGCUCAGCGAGGACAACGGGCGCUAUUUGCUGAUUGCGGGCGGCGGGGUGCUGAACGGCGCGGACAAUCAGGUUACGGCCAGUUUGGUGGAUUUGAGUACCAUUUUGUGA